AUGGCGUUGGACAUCUGGCUGACUAGAUUCUUCUUGUUCCUUGUCAUUUUCUACGCGUACAGCUCGAUCCGCUCUUAUCGGCGGCUGAGGAGGUUCAACGGACCUUGGUCGGCAGCAUGGUCCAACAUCUGGUACUUACGCGCCUCACUUAGCGGCAGAGCACAUAUAGCUCUGUCCGAGGUAUGCACCAAGUAUGGCAGUAUUGCACGGAUAGGUCCAAACACGCUCGUCACCUGCGACGAGGAGCUCUUCCGAAAAAUCAACUCGAUACGCUCGGGUUAUGUCAAGUCGGACUACUACAAGGCAUUUCGCUUCGACGCCGACCGGGAGAAUGUCCUCAGCACCACCGAACCCGAGGCUCUGUCUUACAUGAGAAAGAGAGUGACGGCUGGUUAUUCCGGCAAGGAGAAUGCACACCUCGAGUCAGACAUGGAUCGUGCUCUGUGGAAAUUGGUCAAGCUGUGGAAGGACAAAUAUAUCGCCCGUAGCUCCAAUCCUCGACGGAUGGAUCUGGCCAGGAUGAUGCAGUAUCUCACUCUCGACAUCAUUUCGACACUAUCCCUCGGAGAGCCUCUGGGGUUUCUGGACAAAGACGAAGAUCUCUACGAAUACAUCAAAACCAUGACAGACAAUUUCCCGGCCAUGACAUUCAUGUCGGCGGUCCCCAUCCUCAGCAGGCUCAUGCGUAUCCCCUCAGUUCAGCGGACUCUCGCACCGUCGGUGAAAGAUCGCAUCGGAAUGGGCCGAUUAAAGGCGGUCGUGAGAGAGAAGAUAUCUCGACGGUUUUCCGAGGGCAAAAACGAAGGCAGAGAGGACAUGGUCCUGAGCUUCGUCAAGCACGGUCUGUCGCAGGGGGAAAUCGAAGACGAAUCCAUGCUGCAGAUCAUGGCGGGAUCCGAUACGACGGCCACCAUCCUUCGCAUCGCCUUGAUCUACAUAAUCUCCAACCCGCGCAUCUAUCGAGCGCUCCAGCGUGAGUGUGAUGCCGCCAACGUGCCCGAGAACGAGAUCAUCACCAACGAACGUGCAUCACAACUACCCUAUCUCAUAGCAGUCAUCCAAGAAGCACUUCGCUAUCACCCUGCCGCUUCAGGACAUGGCCCACGAGUCGUGCCUCCACAAGGCGACACCCACGACGGAAUGUACAUCCCCCCAGGAACGGUCAUCACCGUCUGCACCUGGAAGCUCCACCGCCUCAACUUCGAUGCGUACGGGGAAGACGCCGACAUCUUUCGACCGGAGAGAUGGCUCGAAGCGAGUCCCGAGCGACUCGCGAGGAUGGAAAAGGCCCACGACCUGGUCUUUGGGUACGGGUCGUUCCGGUGUCUGGGCGAGAGGAUCGCACGCAUAGAGCUGCACAAGGUCCUGUUCGAGCUGGUGAGGCGCUUUGAUUUCGAACUCGUCAAUCCCAUGCACCCUCUCGACAAUAAUGUCAACUAUGGCAUUUUCCUGCAAAGUGGUCUGUGGGUCCAGGUCCGAGAACGCAAGCUCUGA